GUAGGCGUAGAAGAAGAAGCCACCCUGUCACACAGUGCGCAAAUGCGCAUCCAGCAGCACGGACCUCCGGUGGAUACCGAUAAAACUAACACUUCCAGGCUGGGAAACGACACGUUAGGGCGGAAGAGAAAACUGCGCUCGAGUGGCAAGACCGAACCGAAGGGUAACGUCUGUGACACGACAGCGACCAUGGUGGGCGAACGCCGCAACGGGAACCUGCUGGUCCAGCUGGGCCCGCGUCUGCAGGCCUAUCCCGAGGAGCUGAUCCGCCAGCGCCGUAACCACGACAACCAGACAGAGUACCUGAUCCGCUGGUGCCUGGUAAGAUCCGGUUCGGACGGGUCGGGGGGCUCGGCGUGCGGCGAGGCGAAGCCGGAGAACAUCCUGAUGUGGAUGACCACCGAGGACGUCUACGCAAACUGCCCCACGCUGCUCGGCAAACGCACAACGGACGCACAACGCACCGCGGACACACUCAGCGGAGAGGCUUCAGACAGAGGACAGAGCCAGCCAGACGUCUCCACCUUCGACGAGGUGGAGCUGUCGGACAUGAAGGAGGACGUGAAGAACCUGGUGCGGCGAGCCAGGAAGCAGAUGGCGAAGAAGAGCGACUUCUCCAUCAGCAUCACGCACACCAUCCACGUGCUGAGCGCCUACGCCAGCAUCGGCUCGCUCGUCAGCGUCUUCAAGGAGACGGGCGCCCUCCAUCUGCUGAUGGAGCUGCUCUGCAACAAGGAGACGCAGACGAGGCGCAGUGCUGGGAAGAUGCUGCGCGCACUCGCCUCGCACGACGCAGGAAGUCGUGCGUAUGUCCUGCUGUCUCUCAGUCAGCAGGACGGCAUCGAGCAGCACAUGGACUUUGAUAACCGCUACACGCUGCUGGAGCUGUUCGCUGAGACCACGUCAUCAGAGGAGCACGGUAUCUCCUUCGAGGGGAUCCACCUGCCACAGAUCCCGGGGAAGCUGCUGUUCUCUCUGGUGAAGCGCUACCUGUGCGUGACGUCUCUGAUGGACAAGCUGACCACUGGGGGGGGGGGUGGAGGUGGAGGGGGCGGGGCCUCCGAGGACUCAAGCCCCUCCCCCUCCACCACCUCGGCCGCCCACCAGGCCGAGCACCUGCGCGUGCAGCGCGAGUUCGACUUCACCAUGGCGAUGGCCAACCUGAUCUCCGAGCUGGUGCGCGUGAUGGGCUGGGACCGCAACCGCCAGACGCCCGAUGGCUCCGCCCACAACCUCCACGCCACCGGGGGAGGGGGCGGAGCCUGCGCCGAGGAUCUGGGGGAGGACUCGGCCAGACCCGUUCUCAGGUCCAUCUUCCAGCCUCGUUUCUGUACCUCCCCCGUAGUCCUCUCCUCCUCCUCCUCCUCCUCCUCUAACCUCCCGGCUCCCGUGCCGACCGUGGUCGCCACGGCGACCGCCUCCUCCACACCACCGAAGAAGAAGACAGGAAACGGGUUUAAGUCGCGGUCGGACUUCUCGAGUCGCUCGGCCUACGUGGAGUACGUUCAGGACACGCUGAAGAGCGGCAUGAUGGUCCGCAUGCUGGAGGACUACGAGGAGGUCAGCGCCGGGGACGACGGGGAGUUUCGCUAUAGCAACGACGGCUCGCCACCCGUUCAGGUGUAUUGGAACUCCCUGUCCAGGACGUACUGGGUCCACUGGCACAUGGUGGAGAUCCUGGGCAGCGGCAGCAGCACUCAGGCUGAGAAGGAGACGCAGGAGAAGGCCUCCACCCUGACGGAGACACUCAAACUCACCGCUGUGAGUCAGACCUUCUUCUCCAAGCCCCCCGGGGGUCUCUAUUCGCUGCCCUACCUGUCUGAGGGUCUACACCAGGACCCCCCAGCGCUGAGCCGUGCUGAGUGGUGGGAGAUCCUCUUCUUCAUCAAGAAACUGGAAACCAAACAGCAGCAGGAAGUCAACAGCAUGCUGCUGCAGAGCCUCGAAGACCAGGAAGCGGAGCUAGACGACUCGUCUCUGAUUGGUCUGUCCGUCCCCGGAGACGUGGCGAAGAAGCUGCUCCACUUCCUGAAGCAGAAUCUUCCGUCGUGGUGUCUGGGCGACCUGCUGUGUUCUCACGCCUUCUCCAAGCACUACCUGAAGAGAGGGGGGGGCACUCUGGAGGACCAGGAACUGCUGGCUGAGAGCUCUCUGGGUUCGUCCAGCCUGGCAUGCGGAGGACAGAACUCGUCCUCUUCAUCGUCGGCCUCCACUUCGUCUUCCUCGGCGAUGGGCUCUGUGUCCAAGAAAGCCAAGAAGGAGCUUCCUGUGGUGGACUCGGAGGGCUGCAGCCCCGAAACGGAGAACGAGCUGCCGUCGGAGGACGACAGCAAAUACCCCGAAGACCUGGACGACAAGAUGAAAGUGUUCAACUCCCCGCGGGUGCAGGGCAAGAAGACGGUGCUGGAGAAGCUGGGGGAGGUGGUGGACAUCCUGAGGAAGGGGGGCUCGGGGGGGUCUGAGCAGCUGGCCGCUGUCCUCUUCAUCACCCGGCUGCUGGAGGAGAAAGGCUCGCAGGAGAAGAACUCCAUGAGGAGCGACUCUGCUCAGACCGUACGGGACAAGGUGCUGAAGCUGCUGGUGGAGCUGCUCGGCUCGUCCUCCAGAGAUCUGGUGAUCGGCACGCUGAGACUCACUCACCUCCUCAUGCUGCGGUACGAGUGGAGGGUCUCCUUCGCCACCGAGGGAGGGGUCAAAGCCGUGCUGUCCUGCAUGCAGGAGUUCCCCACCGUGACCCACGUCCAGCAGCUGGCGCUCGCAACUCUGAAGGUGAUCACCGGAGCGAGUAAGCACGACCUGCGCAGCGUCGGCAGCAGCGUGCCGCUCUCCGAGUCCGGCACUCAGAUGAUGCUGGAGAUCUUCGCCAGCAUCGGCUCGGCCACGCCCGAAGGCUCCAAGGGGCUGCUGGGAGCCGUGCCGGCAGCCAUCGACCUCAUGCUCCAGACUAAAGGCUGCAUGCUGUCGGUGCGUAACGGCCUGCUCGUCAUCAUCAUGCUCAUCUCCAACCACAAGAGCCUGGCCGAGCAGCUGGUGGCCGCCGGCGUCACCGCCACGCUCAAGAAGUGUCUGAGUCUGUCCAGAGCCGAGACCAUGCUCGCCAUCAUCGCUCUCAACCACAUCUCCAUGGUGCACAAGCUGGAGAGCAAAGAGUGCCGGGAGCACCUGGACUUUAAGGACACGGAGCUCCAGAUGCUGGUGGUGAGUCUGAAGGAGCUGGCGGCCACUAAGGAGGUGAUCCAGACCCUGGAGCAGCUGCUGUGUGACGACACCUCUCAGCUGGAGGACCAGCGCAGCCAGGUGACCCACAGUCGAGACACGUAUCAGGAUCUGGUUCGUCUGAUAGAGCAGCACCGGGCCGACCGGGCCGUCCAGCUCUCCAUCCUCAGGAUCCUGAACAAGUUCCUGGACAACUAUGAGGAGGACAUGCUGCCGUGGCACGAGAGCAUCGAGCCCUGCCUGUCCUCCAUGACGGCCUUCAUCAGCGACCGAGAGGUGGUGCAGCUGUUUAUCCGCUUCCUGUACCGGCUGGCGUCCCUGAACAAAGACUACGCGGUGGUGAUGUGCCGGCUGGGGACCAAAGACGCUCUCGGCAAAGCUCUGGACAAACAUGGCACCAACCUGCUGCUGCUCGGCGAGCUGCGAGACCUCGUCACCGACUGUGAGAAGUACGCCAGCCUCUACAAGAAGAUGACCACGAGCGUGCUCGCCGGCUGCAUCCAGAUGGUGCUGGGUCAGAUCGAGGAGCAUCGUCGCAGCCAUCAGCCAAUCAAUAUCCCCUUCUUCGACGUGUUCCUCAGGAACCUCUGCCAAGGCUCCAGUGUGGAGCUGAAGGAGGAUAAAUGCUGGGAGAAGGUGGAGGUUUCGUCCAAUCACCAUCGAGCUAACAAGCUAACCGACAAAAACCCCAAAACCUACUGGGAGUCCAACGGCUGCACCGGCUCGCACUUCAUCAACAUCUACAUGCACAAAGGAGUGGUCAUCAGACAACUGGCCAUCCUGGUGGCCAGCGAGGACUCGAGCUACAUGCCGGCCCGGGUUCUGGUUCUGGGAGGAGACGACCCGACCAACAUCAACAGCGAACUCAACACGGUCAACGUGACUCCGUCUGCCACGCGGGUGGUGCUGCUGGAGAACCAGACCCGGUUCUGGCCCAUCAUCCAGAUCAGAGUCAAGAGAUGUCAACAGGGUGGUAUUGACACCCGGGUCCAUGGUUUCGAGGUUCUGGGCCCGAAGCCCACGUUCUGGCCCGUGUUUAAGGAGCAGCUGUGCUGCCGGACCUUCCUGUUCUACAGCACCAAGGCCCACACCUGGUGCCAGGAGGUGCUGGAGGACCGCACGCAGCUGCUGCAGCUCUUCAACAAACUGAACAGUGCUCUGAGACACGAGCAGAUGUUUGCAGACCGUUUCCUGCCAGACGCCGAGGCAGCCGAAGCUCUGGGUCGGACCUGCUGGGAGGCUCUGAUCACCCCGAUCGUCCACAGCAUCACACUGUCAGAAUCCUCGGCGCCCAGCCCUCUGUCCUGGCUGCUCAGCGAGUACCUGGACAACGCUGAGUCGGCCCGCCGCUGUAAGAGCCGGGCGGCCAUCUUCAACUCCAGAGUGAGGCGCCUCACGCACCUGCUGGUCCACGUGGACACGAGCCGGCCGGACGGAGAGGAGCUCAAACCCCCGGUCAAAUCAAAAGGUCUCAACGGCAGCAAAGAGCUGAAGAACAGUAAAGACGGUAAAAACAAAGAGACGGCCGCAGCCUCUUCUUCCUCCUCAUCCGGCCAAGCCAAGCCCAAAGUGAAGAGCAGCAGCAGCAUCGCAGGCAUCGCCCUCUGCUGGCAGGGAGUGGUACAGCGCCAGGUGAAGAAGUUUCUGGAGUCCAGCUGCAGCCUGCCGGACUUUGUGGAGCGUUACCGGACUCUGUACCUGCGGCUGAAGAACGCCAUGGAGGAACUGUUCGGACAGCAGACCGCCUUCGUCCUCGCGCUGCGACACGGCUUCUCCGCCGCGCUGCUGCACCUCUCCAUCCUCAGAGCCAUGCACGUGAGCGAGCGCUUUGCUCAGUACAUCGACCAGAUGGUCCAGGCCAGCGGCGCGGCGUCCGGCAGCGUGGAGACUCUGGAGCGGCUGAAGCAGUUUCUGGAGCCGAUGCUCUUCCUGUCGGGCCUGGAGCUCGCCAGCACCUUCGAACACUUCUACAGGUACUACCUGGGCGAUCGUCUGCUGGCCCAGGGGAACGUGUGGUUGGAGAGCGCCGUCAUCGACCACAUCGGCAGCUGCUUCCCGAGUCGCUUCCCUCAGCAGAUGCUGAAGAACCUGAGCGAGUCGGCCGAGCUGCAGCAGGAGUUCCACCUGUACCGCCUGCAGCAACUGGAUCGCUGCCUGCAAGAGCACGACCAGAUGAUGGAGGAGGAGUGGGCCGAGUCUGAGGAGGAGGCCGAGGUCCAGGUUCUGGUUCUGUCCCCCCGCUGCUGGGCCGUGUCCUCACUCUGCUUCCUGGAAGAACCUGCAAACCACUUCCCAGCUGAGCUCUGCUCCUACCUGAACCAGUUCACCCAGUUCUACACCCACAGUCAGUCCAUGUAUGGUCUGAGUCACUCUAAGCCCCGGCGGCUCCAGUGGACCUGGCUCGGUCACGCUGAGCUGCAGUUCGGCUGCUGGACACUGCACGUCUCCACGCUGCAGAUGUUCAUCCUGCUGCAGCUCAACACCCACGAGGAGGUCAGAGUGGACUCUCUGCUGCAGGCGACCGGCCUGUCGGCUGCCGUGCUGCUGCACGCUCUGCUGCCGCUCAUCACCGAGGACGGACCCCUAACCUGCAGCAGCCCAGAGGACCCCACACAGGGUGUGUUGCGCUUGAACCAGCAGGUGGCGUCCCGCAGCGAGUGUGGCGUGCCGUUGUGCGUGCGGCUGUUGCCUCGCCAGACGUACCUGAACGUUGAUGAAGACGCAGCCGGCACGCUGGAGAGGAAGAGGAGCUACGUGUACUGUCUGAUCGUACACAUCAUGAAGCAGGAGAAAGAGAUGCACAUAGACAACCUGGUGUUCAAGGUCCUGGACUCGUGUCAGAAGCGGGAUGCGUCCCGUUCCCCCGGCUCCCCCGGUUCCGGUCCUGUUCCUGGUUCUGGUUCUGGUUCCGGCCGGUUCAGCUGCAGCACCAGCGACGUGCUGUCCUGCAUCAUGCACGUCAUCAGCAAAGGCUGCGUUCGCCGAAACGAGGACAACCCGCACAUCGUGGAGUUCCUCCCCGAGGACCCGUCCACGCCGCAGAAGGGCCAGGCCCAGUUCUCCUUCAGCCGGGCCGGCAGCCGGACCGACGCCGACAGCAGUCUGAUGUCAGCUCCGCGGCAGUUCGAGGACGGAGUUCUGGACACGGUUCUGUUCUCGAUGGGCCGGACGAUGACGCAGGAGGAAGUCCGUCAGCUGAUGCAGAGAACCGUCCAACAGGUGUCAGGGACUCUGAGUCUGGACCUGGACCGGGCCGAGCACCUGCUGGUCCACUGCAAGUGGAACGUGGACCUGUUGGUGCAGCGCUACACGGACGACCCAGACGCCCUCAUCAUGGCCGCCGGGCUGCGCUCCAGAAACCCCCAACCCCGCCCCACCCCCACCUGCCCCGUGUGCCUGGGCCCCCGCGGCGGAGCCACGGAGCCGGUCCCAGCACUCAGCUGCAUGCACUACUGCUGCAAGUCGUGCUGGCAGGAGUACCUGACGGCGAGGAUCGAGCAGAACCUGGUGAUGAACUGUAACUGUCCAAUCACAGACUGCCAGGCUCAGCCCACCUCGCUCUUCUUCCUCAGCAUCCUCACCGACAAGGACACCAUCGCCAAGUAUGAGAAUGCCUUGCUCCGAGGCUACGUGGAGUGCUGCUCCAACCUGACGUGGUGCACCAACCCUCAGGGCUGCGAUCAGAUCCUCUGCAAGGAGAACAUGGGCAGCAUGGGGACCUGCAGCAAGUGCUGCUGGGCCUCCUGCUUCAGCUGCAACUUCCCCGAGGCCCACUACCCAGCCAGCUGCAGCCACAUGUCUCAGUGGAUGGACGAUGGAGGAUAUUAUGAAGGAAUGAACAUGGAGGCUCAGAGCAAACACCUGGCCAAGCUCAUCUCCAAACGCUGCCCCAGCUGCCAGGCUCAGAUCGAGAAGAACGAGGGCUGCCUGCAUAUGACCUGUGCCAAGUGUAACCACGGCUUCUGCUGGCGCUGUCUGAAACCAUGGAAACCAACACACAAAGAUUACUACAACUGCUCCGCCAUGGUGAGCAAAGCAGCGCGGCAGGAAAAGAAGUUCCAGGAUUAUAACGAGCGAUGCACCUUCCACCACCAGGCCAAGGACUUCGCCAUCAACCUGGAGAACAAAGUGGCUUCCAUCAACGAGGCUCUGCAGAUGAAGAGUCUGACCUUCGUCAUCGACGCCUGUAAGGUCCUGGCUCAGGGGCGCAAGGUGCUGGCCUACUCGUGCGUCUACAGCUACUACAACCAGGAGACGGAGAAGAUGGACGUGAUGGAGCAGCAGACGGAGGCUCUGGACCUGCACACCAACGCUCUGCAGAUCCUGCUGGAGGAGACGCUGCUGCAGUGCACGGACCUGGCCUCGUGUGUUCGUCUGCUGAAACCUGAACACCUCAACACCGGACUGGAACUGAUCCGACGCAUCCAGGAACGCCUGCUGGCCAUCCUGCAGCACUCCACCCAGGACUUCAGGGUGGGCUAUCAGUCUAAGAGCAGCCAGGAUCCAGAAUCCACUCAGGCCUGCAACCUGUCCAACAACACCGACACCAACAAAGUGGCGAAGGCGGAGCGUGCGUCAGAGUCCGGAGACUCGGACAACAACAACUACGCCGGCGAGGAGGGCGGCGAGGAGGCCGAGGACGAUGAUGACGAGUACGACGAAGAGUACGUCCCCGAGUGGCACGAAGACUAUGACGAAGACGACAUCGACGAAGACGACUUCUUCUCCGACGACGACGAGUCGGAGAACCUGGAGAGAGACUUCAGCCCCUUCGACUGAACACACACACACACACACAUACACAUACACACACACACACACACACACACGUACAC